AUGGGGGCAGCGGAGGCGGUAUCGUGUCGGGGAUUACUGGCCAAGGGGGUGUGGAUGAGACUGGGGGGCAGGCGGAGGGGCGGGGGCGGGAGUGUGAGCCAAAGUCGUUGCUAUUCUGGAGAUGAAGGGGGACGGGUUGAAACACGAGUUUUUCAAGCAGGCAGAUGCCGCUGGUAGGUUUUUUAGAGGCGUAAGUAGUGCUGGAAGGACAUUUUUGUUGUUGUUCGCCCGUAAGGGAAGGACAUUUUUGUGCGAUGGGGUUGGGUGGGCGGCAUGCUCCUCUGCCGAAUGGGUCUCGUCUCAAGCCGUUGUAGAAUUGUCGCUGUUGACGGGACGUGACGCACCAGUGUGCGGACUCUGCUUUUGUGUGCCGCGGUUAGGUUCAUUAAAGGUGCCAGCUUGAUUGCACAAAGGUGCUUAUUGGUGGCUCGCAUGAAUAGGCCAGUACCACAAACAGCAGCAGUGGUGGUGCUCUCUGCAGGCACACACACAAGAGCGAUGAGCCGAGGCGUGCAGGGUUUCCCAUCAUUGUGUGUAUGCCGGUGCCUGCAGCCGCAGGAUUUGGAUGUUGUGCACUAAGGGGUGCGCUUCUAUGGCGCUGCCUUGUGGACACGCGAGAGAGGUGUUGCGUUGAAUCCCGGCCGUUUGUGUUCGAUUCUAUGUACCAGUAGAUAGCAGACAUGCAGAAUGGAUUGACUACAACGAACACCGAUCGCCUCAGAGUGACGAAAAACAGAACGAAAGAGUUGGGGGCGGAGAAGGUAGAGUACGGAAAGUGGUCUCUGAUCCUCCCUUCCGUCGACAAGAACAUGAGACCUCAGGUGACCGCUCCUCCCUCCGUCGCUGUCGCCCUUUCGCUUGUCUUCUUGUUUUUUCGAGUGACAACGUGAUGUCGACAAUUUCUUGACCAAAUCAUUAGUCAAACCGUUGGUCGGCUG